AGUCAUGAAAUGAAGUUUAUUUGUCAGAAUUUAUACAGAUAGUUGUCAAUUUUGAAAAUAGUGUGUUAAAAAAGCUGGAAAGUGUUUAUUUGUGCAAUAUAAAAAGUGUGGUCUCUAGAAGACCCCAUUCAGAAUGGCGUCAGGGGCAAUUGAAAUUCCUCUCAGAGAUACUGAUGAAGUUAUCGAACUACAUGCAGAUCAGCUUCCUGAUGGAGAAGAAGUACUGGGAAUUCUAAGGCAAGAAAACUCACAGCUUUCAAUAUGGGUGAAUUUAGCCCUGGAAUAUUAUAAGCAAAGAAAAAUUGCUGAUUUCAUAAAAAUAUUGGAAACUUCUCGAGUGGAAGCUAAUGUCGAAUACAGGGAUUAUGAAAAGGAUCAAAUGCGAGCUCUGGAUAUGCUUGCUGCUUAUUAUGUACAAGAAGCAAAUCGUGAAAAAAAUAAAGACAGGAAAAGGGAAUUCUUCACCAAAGCCACCUUGUUAUAUACAACAGCUGAUAAAAUUAUUAUGUAUGAUCAAAACCAUCUACUUGGACGUGCAUACUUUUGCUUGUUGGAAGGAGAUAAAAUGGAACAAGCUGAUGCUCAAUUUAAUUUUGUUCUCAAUCAGUCACCAAACAAUAUCCCUUCUCUGCUUGGAAAAGCAUGUAUAGCAUAUAACAAAAAAGAUUUCAGAGCUGCAUUAGCAUUUUACAAGAAAGCAUUAAGAACAAAUCCUAAUUGUCCAGCUGUUGUGCGUUUAGGUAUGGGACAUUGUUUCAUGAAACUUGGAAAUCAAGACAAAGCUAGGUUAGCAUUUGAUAGAGCACUUCAAUUAGAUAAUCAGUGUGUGGGUGCUUUAGUCGGAUUAGCAAUUCUGAAACUCAAUCAACAACAACCUGAAUCUAUUAGAUCAGGUGUUCAGAUGUUAUCUAAAGCUUAUACAAUUGAUUCUUCGAAUCCAAUGGUAUUGAACCAUUUGGCAAAUCACUUUUUUUUCAAAAAGGAUUACAAUAAGGUUCAGCACUUAGCGCUACAUGCUUUUCAUAACACUGAGAAUGAAGCCAUGAGGGCUGAAAGUUGUUAUCAACUAGCGAGAGCUUUCCAUGUGCAAGGAGAUUAUGAUCAAGCCUUCCAAUAUUAUUACCAAGCGACCCAAUUUGCACCUGCUGCAUUUGUAUUACCACAUUUUGGUCUUGGUCAGAUGUAUAUAUACAGGGGUGAUACAGAAAAUGCAGCUCAAUGUUUUGAAAAGGUGCUUAAAGCUCAACCUGGAAAUUAUGAAACAAUGAAAAUUCUAGGAUCUAUUUAUGCUAAUUCAUCAUCUCAGUCAAAACGAGAUAUUGCUAAACAUCAUUUGAAAAAAGUUACUGAACAAUUCCCUGAUGAUAUUGAAGCGUGGAUAGAACUUGCUCAAAUAUUAGAGCAAUCAGAUUUACAAGGUUCGUUGAAUGCGUAUGGAACAGCUGUACAAAUCCUGAAGAAAGAUGUUCAAGCAGAAAUUCCAACUGAAAUAUUGAAUAAUGUUGGUGCGCUUCACUAUCGUCUGAGCAACCUAGAAGAAGCCAAGAAGAAUUUGGAAGAGGCUCUUGUAAGAGCAAAAACAGAAGCAGAACAUGAUCCCCAAUAUUACAAUUCGAUAUCUGUAACUAUAACCUAUAAUUUAGCGAGACUCAAUGAAGCCUUGUUUCUGUUUGAUAAAUCCGAAAAAUUAUAUAAAGAUAUUCUCAAAGAACAUCCAAAUUAUGUCGAUUGCUACUUAAGACUUGGCUGCAUGGCAAGAGAUAAAGGUCAUAUUUAUGAAGCAUCUGAUUGGCUUAAGGAAGCACUGAGAAUCAAUCAAGAACAUCCUGAUGCUUGGUCCCUCUUGGCCAAUCUACAUUUAGCUAAGGCAGAAUGCCUGCCAGGACAGAAGAAAUACGAGAGAAUUUUGAAGAAUCCUGCAACUUCUCAAGAUUCAUAUUCUCUUAUCGCUUUAGGUAAUGUUUAUUUACAAACAGUCCAUCAAUCGUCUAAAGAUAAGGAAAGGGAAAAACGACAUCAGGAAAAAGCUUUAGCUUUGUUCAAACAGGUCUUAAAACUUGACCCCAAAAAUAUAUGGGCCUCUAAUGGAAUUGGAUGUGUAUUGGCACAUAAACAUGCAGUAAACGAGGCUAGAGAUAUAUUUGCCCAGGUGAGAGAGGCCACAGCAGAUUUUUGUGAUGUGUGGCUCAAUAUAGCCCACAUAUAUGUUGAGCAGAAACAGUAUGUGUCUGCUAUACAGAUGUACGAAAAUUGUCUUAGAAAAUUUUUCAAAUAUAAUAAUGUUGAAGUGCUUCAAUAUUUAGCUAGAGCGUAUUUUAAGGCGUCAAAAUUGAAGGAAGCUAAAAUGGUGUUACUGAAAGCUAGACGGGUGGCUCCUCAUGAUACAAUACUUCUCUAUAACAUUGCUCUGGUUUUACAAAAAUUAGCAACAGUUAUACUGAGGGAUGAGAAGUCUACGCUACAAAUUGUAUUACAAGCUGUACAUGAAUUAGGACUGUCUAUGAAAUACUUCACAUAUCUUGCAGAAGCUAAAGAUCAGAAGAUAAAUGUUAAUAUGGCAUUAAUGGAAGCAAGACAAUGUAAAGAUCUGUUGUCUCAAGCACAGCACCAUGUUGCUCGUGCCAGGAGGGCAGAUGAAGAAGACAGAAUGCUUAGACGUAAACAAGAAGAUGAACGAAGUGCUUUCAAACUUAAACAGUUGGAAGAGCAGAAGAAAAUUGAGGAAGAACGGAGACUUACCAAGGAGCAGUUACUGCAAAAACGUCAAGAAUACAAGGAGAAAACAAAGAAUGCUCUUCUGUUCAUGGAAAUGCCCAGUGAGAAAACCAAAAAAGGAAAAGGUAGAAGUCGAGAAAUUGCAAGUGAUUCUGGUAGCGAAGCUGAACCUCUGGAUGGUGAACCAGCCCCCAAGAAAGCCAAGAAAGAUAAGCCAAGAAAACGAGCCCGCAGCUCUGACAGGGGCGAAAAGAAACCUAGAAAAUCGGGCGGGGGCCGUGGAGGAAGAAGGAAAAAAGACGGUUCAGGCUCUGAAAGUGAUAGACCGAAGGCAAAGAGAAUCAAGAAGAAGCUGGAACCUAAGAAGAAAACCAAAGAUGAUGGUCUUAGUGGUAAACAGAAGUUACGAAUUGUUUCCAAAGCAACUAUAUCGAGCAGUGAUGAUGAAAGUGACGGUGGGGCAAGAUCAAGAUCUAAUUCGAGAAGUAAAUCACGUUCGAGAUCAAGGUCACAGUCGAGAAGUCGAUCAAGAAGCCGGUCCGGUUCUAGGAGUCCUUCAAGGUCAAGGAGUAGGUCACGAUCCAAUUCUGGAAGCAGGUCACGUUCAAGAAGUGGAUCCAAAUCAAGGUCGCCAUCAAGGAGCCGAUCAAGGUCAAGAAGUGGUUCGAAAUCAAGAAGUCCAUCAAGAUCUAGAAGUAGAUCAAGAUCUAAAAGCAAAUCAAGAUCCAAAAGCCGAUCAAGGUCUAGAAGCAAAUCAGGCUCUAGGAGCAGAUCAGCAUCGAGAAGUAGAUCAAGAUCCAAAAGCAGGUCAAGAUCGCGUUCUAGAAGUAAAUCUAGAUCUAAGAGCAGGUCGAAGUCAAGAAGUAAAUCAAGGUCUAAGAGUAGGUCCAACUCCAGAAGUAAAUCUAGAUCUAAAAGCAGAAGUAAGUCAAGAUCCAGAAGCAGAAGUAAAUCAAGAUCCAAAAGCAGAAGUAAAUCAAGAAGUAGAUCCAAAUCUAGAAGUAAAUCCAGAUCUAGAAGUAGGUCAAAGUCCAAAAGCAGAUCAAGGUCUCAUUCUAGAAGUAGGUCCAAGUCCAAAAGUGGAUCUCGAUCAAGAUCAAGAAGUUGAAACAGAUGUAAUGACUUAUUUCAAAGAAUCUUUUAUUUUAGAAAUGGAAGUAGUGAUAAAAUUAUUUUCAGUUUUUAAACAAUUGACCCAGAAAAUGAAUGAAAUUGUUGGAAUUAUUCUCAAUUUCUUGGUGUGUUUGUUCAAUUAUAUCAUAACAUUGAGAAUUGAAUUAAAAUCUCUAUAUUGA